CAUUGAGGUUUUGGGGUCCUUCAAGUCAGCGUCCAGUCAGAACUCGGUGUUAGUGGAGCUGCUGGCGAAGGAUCUGCGCAGAGGAGAGAAGAUCAAGUUCUACUCCAUGUGCGCGUUUGACGGAUCCAAAUGGGAACAUUACCGGACCAGGGACUUCUGGGUGUCCGUGGUGGAGAGAUCUGCUGUCCCGGAGCUGUGGCUGCAGGUUCUGGUGUCGGUCCUGCUGCUGGGUCUCUCGGCCCUCUUCAGCGGUCUGAACCUCAGCCUGCUGUCUCUCGACCCGGUGGAGCUGCAGGUCCUUCAGAACAGCGGCACGGACAAGGAGCAGAACUACGCCCGAAAGAUCGAGUCGGUUCGCCGGCACGGGAACUACGUCCUGUGCACGCUGCUGCUCGGCACCGCCAUCAUCAACGCCUCGCUGGCCGUGUGGAUGUGUCAGAUCCUGGGCAUGACCUGGCUCUCCACGGUCAUCUGCGCCUUCGGGAUCUUCUUCAUCGGGGAGAUUCUUCCGCACUCGGUGGCGUCGCGACACGGCCUCGCCAUCGCCUCCAAAACCAUCUGGGUGACGCGCCUCCUCAUGGUGCUCUCCUUCCCCGUCUCAUACCCCAUCAGCAAACUCCUGGACCUCAUCCUCAACCAGGAGAUCUCCAUCUUCUACACCCGGGAGAAGCUCCUGGAGAUGCUGCGUGUUUCCGACCCGUACCACGACCUGGUGAAGGAGGAGCUGAACAUCAUCCAGGGAGCGUUGGAGCUGCGCACCAAAACGGUGGAGGACGUUCUGACGCCGCUCAGCGACUGCUUCAUGCUGUCCUCAGACGUGGUGCUGGACUUCAACACCAUGUCGGACAUGAUGCAGAGCGGCUACACCCGGAUCCCCGUGUAUGAGAACGAGUGCUCCAACAUCGUGGACAUCCUGUUCGUGAAGGACCUGGCCUUCGUGGACCCGGACGACUGCACCCCUCUGAAGACCAUCACCCAGUUCUACAAACACCCGCUGCACUGCGUGUUCAACGACACCAAGCUGGACGCCAUGCUGGAGGAGUUCAAGAAAGGGAAGUCCCACCUGGCCAUCGUGCAGCGCGUCAACAACGAGGGCGAGGGAGACCCUUUCUACGAGGUGCUGGGCAUCGUGACCCUGGAGGACGUCAUCGAGGAGAUCAUCAAGUCAGAGAUCCUGGACGAGACAGACCUCUACACUGAUAACCGUACUAAGCGGCGUGUUUCUCACCAUGAGAGGAAGCAGCAGGACUUCUCCAUCUUCAAGCUGUCGGAGAACGAGAUGAAAGUGAACAUUUCUCCUCAGCUGCUCAUGGCCACACACCGCUUCCUGUCCACAGAGGUGGAGCCCUUCAAACCCGCUCACAUCUCAGAGAAGAUCCUGCUGAGGCUGAUCAAACACCCGAGCGUCGUUCAGGAACUCAAGUUCGACGAGAAGAACAAACGAUCGCCGCAUCACUUCCUGUUCCAGCGCAACAAACCUGUGGACCACUUCAUCCUCGUGCUGCAGGGUCGAGUGGAGGUGGAGUUCGGAAAGGAGGCGCUGAAGUUUGAGAACGGAGCUUUCUCUUACUUUGGGGUUCCCUCCAUCAUGCCAACAGUGCACAGAUCCCCCUCCCGCAGCAGUGGUCUGGACCGCUCUGAAACCAUGCUGAAUGGAGGCAGCUCGAGCCAACUGAGCGGCGGGGGGAACGUCUACCUGCCGGAUUAUUCUGUCCGACAGCUCACAGCCCUGCAGGUCAUCAAGAUAACCCGGAGCCACUACCAGAACGCGAUGACAGCCUCUCGGAUGGACAGCUCCCCUCAGACUCCAGAUGCAGACGCCUGCCUGGCAGAGGACGUCUCCCCGACCCCAGGACCUCCUGCUGGGCCUCGAGAUCACAGCAGCAGCACCCCCUCCUCCUCCACCCCCUCCACCCUGAUGCCCCCCCCCUCCACCCUCAUGCCCCCCCCCAGGGAGCACUACAGACCCAGCUCAGCGAGGGCCAGAGGGCAGCAGUCCGGCGUCACACCCUCCACCUCGCUGCUGAACGAGAAGAACCGCAUCGUCCGAAGCAAGUCGGACGGUCAGAAGAGUCCCAGUGAUUCAGUGUUCCUCAGGAUGGACGAGAUCCCGUACAUCAGAGAGGACAGAUCUGAGGCGGACGCACACGAUGACAUGGCCUGUGUAGCCAUAGAAACGGACACGUCUCCUUUCAUCAGCAGCCUGUCUCUGAGCGGCUCAGAGGACACACUGGGCAAGAAACUCCUGCUCAAACUCAGCCACAGGAAGAGGAAAAAAUCCCGGGAAGGAGAAAAGACACCAGAGGACAUUUCAUAACAGCCGCUUGUGAAAACCUAGUAGAGAGAGUGUGUGAGUGUGUGUGAACUCCACCGUCUCCUGAUGGUUCUUUAAGAUGUUUGUAAAGACGAUGUGGUUGGUAAACUACAGCUAUCAGAGUUUUAUCUGAAAAAAAACACACACCCCCGCUGUAGGAGAUGAAGUGGUCCAUCAGCAGGAAUGUACUGAACACAUGGAUGGAAGAAACCAUUUAAAUCAAAACAGACGGGGGUCGCAUCUUUGGCAAUAUGCAUCGAACUGAAGCUUCUUCACAGGUUUUUCAUGCUUGUAUAUAAAGGAAUGACUUUGAAUGUAUAAUGUUUGUAGAAAGAUAAUAGUUUUUAUACACUAUAUACCCUCCUCAUGCAAUCACCUCUCUAAUGAAGCUAAAGGGAAUAACUGUACACAGGAAACGGAUGAAAGACACCAAAGAUGUUGCUGUUUUUGUACAACGCUUCUCAUCGCUCAACAGAAGUAAACUGCAUUGUGUUCAUGCUUUUAAUUUUUGCUUGUUUCUCUGCUAGAGUGGUGCACUGAUUAUAUAUUUUUGUAGGUUGACCCGGAAGACAGCAUCUCCCUGGUUCCCUCGACAAAAAGCCAAUGGGAUUUGAGAAAAUAAUCUAUGUGUCAAAGAAACAUUUAUGAGGAUAAUCUCCAAAUAUUAACACCACUUUAUGAUUCUUGAAGUAAAAAGCUAACUUUAGGCUA